UACAAAUCUAUUACAUUUAUUGAGGUAUGACAGUGCAAGGAAAUUCACUAUGAGAGUAUUGUGUUUUGUAAAGGGAUUUUUCAUUAUUUUGUUUGGGGGAAUACAGCUUAUCUACAAUGUUAUCAGAAGUCUUUAUGUCAAGACCUUAGAAUACCAAGCAGUUAAAUAUGAAUCUAUUCCCUUGGAGCAACCUUGGGGAUUUGAGCGACUUUUAAAAGUAAGGCGGAAAGUUUUAGUCUUAGAUUUGGACGAAACUUUGGUCCACUCUCAGAACAACAACCCCUAUUUAAUACGACCACAGUCACAACCAGACUUCGUGCUUAGAGUAGAGAUAGAACGAGGACAUGAACCAGUUAAGUUCUAUGUCAAUAAGCGACCACACGUGGACUAUUUCUUAGACGUGGUACGGCAGUGGUACGACAUAGUGGUAUAUACGGCCAGUAUUGAGAAAUACGGCCAGCAAGUAAUAAACGUGUUAGAUAAUAAACGCGGAAUUUUUCAGAGACGCUAUUUUAGACAGCACUGUGUGCUGGACUCCACCAGCCAAUACACAAAAGAUCUAACCAUGAUCAAAUCGGACUUGUCAAGUGUUUUUAUCAUCGAUAAUUCCCCUUCAGCUUAUAAAAACUAUCCAGAUAAUGCCAUCGCGGUUCCAACGUGGACGAAGGACCGAUCGGAUACAUGGCUUCUAAAUCUUUUGCCUUUCCUAGACGGCUUGAGAUUCUGUAAUGAUGUGCGCACAAUCCUCUCUAGACACCGACAGAGGUGAUGAACUUAAAGCUGAUGAGUUAAUUUGAUACGGAGGGGAAGAUGACACAGUCAAGCGAGGGCGUGUAAUUUUGUAAUUUGUACGGCCAAAUAUUGACGAAAUAUUAUUAAUGAAUAAUUGAAAAGACCUUUUUCAAUGAAACAAAAGACAAACUUCCACUAAUCUGUCAAACUUUAUUAACAUCUGAUACGACACAAUUGGUCUUGUAGAGUUUAAACGGCUGUUAUUUGUGAUUUUAGAGGAGUUAUAGAUGUAGAUUGAUUUCAGGCAACUUGAUUUGCCAUUUUCAAUAUCAAAGAUUAUGUUUUUGUGCUCGUGCCAGUAAUUUGAGGCAUUGAGAGUUUCCGGUUUUCGAUUUGAGUGAAGUAGUUUUGUUACUUCGUUGUAUGAUCGUUGUACCUAAAAGAUUUCAUAAUGACCUUGAUAAAAACUCGGAGCACUAAAAUGCCCUGAGCAUUUCAUCCUACUUUUUUAUUGACAUUUCAAAAUGUGCGGUAUGCAGUUGAUCCACUUACAUAAUUCGUGAUUUUUCUCCUGUAUUGAAGGCAAUUGGGAUUUUGACGGCUCACAGCAAUUCAGACAAUUAUUUUAUCGAUUUAAUAACCCAGACUUUCGGCGUGGCCUAUUUGUUUUGUGUAUCAUACUUUUUAUUGUACCGGAUAUUUAUUUUAACUACAUUUAUACCAA